AUGUCCAAGUUUCAAAAACAACCUGCAAGUAGAAGGCUAAGGCCUCAGCCCUUGCCUGAGUUCAAGAUGGGGAGAAAAUUGCUGGUGAUUUACGACGACCCUCAUGCAACUGAAUCAUCUGAUGAUGAGUCUCAGUCAGUGCCAACUGAGAAGAAGCUGGGGAAAAUCAAAAGAUGCAUCACUGAGAUUCCGCUUCCUCCUCUUGUUCCUGUCAUCUCUGGCUCUGCUGGAACUAGCUCCUUUGCUGAGAAGAGAAUCAACAUGAGCAGUAAAAAUGUUGAGGUUCACAACAAGAAGAGGGUUUCAACCCAGAACCCUUCAACAAGUUGGCAACCCUAUUGCAAACUCAGAGGUGUUCGACUUAGGAAGUCAGGGAAAUGGGGGUCAGGCACUUACAACACUGCUGAAGAGGCUUCCCAAGCCUAUGAGUCCAUGAGGCUCGAAAUUGAAGCCAUGACAAAGGCUCGGGUUCCCAACAAUGGAUCCUCUGAUAAGGGUCCUGCUUCAAACUCUUCCUCUGCUGAUGCUGAAGUUGCUGAAGGUUCUGCAUCAGAGAAACCUUCUGCUGAGGCCAAUGAUAUGGUUGCUGAAUUGGCUGGUCUAGAAAUACCAGACUUGAGUCUUCUGAACUUGCCUCCAACACCACCUGCUGCUGCUGUUGUUCCAACUGGCUCUAAGCCAAACCCUGUGCUUGAUAUUGAUUUCUUAGCUGAUUAUGCAGGACAGGGCUUUGAUGAUGAUACCAACCUUGGUGGUUGCCUGGAGGAUAUCCCAAUUUUUGGGGUUGAUAACAACGAGCCUAGUCAGCUUCCUGAUUUCAAUUUUGGUGAUUUUGAUUCUGAUGGGUUUGCUGGUUGA